GCCGCAACCGGUGCAUCGCAUGUCGACUCCGCCAGAUAAUUUUGAGGCUGCCCCGAUUGUCUGCUGCUGCUGUCCACACCAUGAAACAAAAACGAUGGUGCCUUCCACAGCCCGCUUUGUACUGAUAAAACAGUACAGAGUCGUUGUCUAACGGGACUUUAUUCGAUCACCGUGGACCGAGCAUUAGAUGUAAGCGUUUGGAUCUCGCUGUAGGCUGAAUUGUGUUUACGAAGAGCAGAUUGUUGCCCCGUGUGGAUUUGACGUCUGUGGAUGUUCAGGAGAAACCAAGUGAAAGAGAUUGCCAUCAUUGUCCUGGAAGAUGGAGCGCUUCGUUGACCUGGAGAAGUACUCGAAGUUUGACAUUACAUCAGAGAACAUACUACUCUGAGUUGGUUUGCCCUAUUGUUGGAGCUUCCUUCAAGCUGCUCUGAAUCAGAUCUGCCUCAAAAUGGAUGCUUUGGUGAAUCCUGAGCUCAGAGAAGAUUUAAAUGACUGUUCGAUCAAGGUUGAAAACCUUGCGAAGCAAGUCAUAUUCAAAGGCCUUGCCCCUAGGGUCAUAUUGUCAAACCAUUUUCUGCCUAAGGGAACCAAGGCGAAGGUAAACCUUGAGGAACAGGGUCGACAGAAGGUCUCCUUCAGCUUCACACAGACUAAAAAAUCACGUCAGAAUGUAUUUCUACCCCCACCAAGCCCAGAAAAAUUUACAAGUGAACAUUCUUCACUGCAAGCUGGGACCUUACCCACUUCCGAUCUAGCAGGACAGAGUGAUGAAACCAAGAAUGUGGACACACAUUCUCCUGCAGUGGGUGAGUCCAAGGCAACACACCUCUCAGUAUCUUUCCCACUCAAAUCAAAACAAGAUCUUGGAAAGAUGCAUUUUAAGAAACAGAUCCUCAGUGUGACUGCUGUUGAUGUCAGCACUGCGUCAGCAGAUAUUUCAAACCCAGCGAUCCCAUCAGAGUCAGACAAAAUUAGAUCUUCAGCCAAGGUUGAAACUGAAUCCUCAUUGCAACAGUCUCACAAGAGCUCAAUCAUUGAUAGCUCCUCUGAAAAAGUUCUCAAAGAGGAAAAACCUCAGGAGAAAUUGGACUCAUGCCUUAAGGGUCCUGUUUCUUCCCAUAUUGGGAAGGAAGAUGCAGAUUGUUCCAUAAUUUCUGAGCAUGAGGACAGCAGAAAAUCCCAGCCCCGAUCAGACAGCACUCUCCCAGGUUCAGAGUCUGAUGGUGAUUCAAUCUGGACAUCUUCUAGCCAAAAGUCUAGUGGUUGCAAAAAUGUAGUUAAAACAGAAUGCCAGAGUAAAGAAACCAAAAGAUCCUAUAAUUAUAAAACGGAGGAGUCACAAAAAUCAAGGUCUGAUAGGAAAGAUGGUGACAAGGGGUCUAGUCGUUCAAAGUCUGAGCGUGACUCCAGGCACACUUCAUCGAGAUCUUCUCGUUCUGACAGAGACAGAAGAAGGACCAAAAGUCGGUCACGUUCUAGAUCUCGAGGCAAUCAAACUAGUUCUUACUCCAGAUCUGAGAGAUCAAGGAAUGAGAGACAGUCAAGGUCAGAUAGAUCACAUUACCAUGAUUCCGAGAGGAGGUUCCAUAGAAGUUCUCCGCAUCAUGAAAGGAGACACUCGCGUACUCUAACCGAUGGCUGGUCUCGUGAUAGCUCUGACUCGGAGGAUGACCACAGACGGACAAGGAAUCGAGGUAGUGACUCAAGUCGAUCCUCCACUUACUCUAGCUCACAAAAAGACUCAAAAUCAUCCACUCACUCCAGAUCCCACAGGGAUUCAAAACCCACAGAUUGUUCUCGAGUCAGAGAAAAAUCAGAGUCAGACAAAAGAUCACAGCAUUCAAAAUCAGAACGAUCUAAUGGACGAUCGGGUGACUCAGAAUCCAAUAAAAGGCGCUCUCCUGAAGCAGAGGCUGUUAACAGGAAACUCAGUGCUCACUCAAAAUCGUACUUUAAUUAUAAAACCUCUAAUUCCAACUCGGCUACCUCAUCACGAACAUUAGAGAAAAAGGUCCAGAAAAACAGUGGCAGCUCUGACUCUGAGGAAGAUAGACGAAAAUCUCAAACACAAGUGUCAGAGAGGUCAUCUGGAUCUGGUACUUUGUCCUACAGAAAAACAGAUUCAACGGAUCACAAGAAUUUAAAUAAAGUAACUGGAACAGAUAGACAAUCAACAGACAGAUUAAAUAAUAAUAUAAAACAGUUAGUCUCCAGUCAAGUUGUUCCUCAAAGGGAAUGCAGCAGAGUUGAUUCUGAACCUUUGUAUGAUAACUGUACUGAGCCUACUUCUAAACACAGUUCUCAUCAAAUGCACAAAGAUUGGCACAGACUCAGUUUGGUCAAAAUUCAACAAACUGAGCAUCAACAUCCAAACCAAGAUCUUUGUAGCUUUGGAAAGUCCAUAAAUGGCCCUGAGAGUCACAAGAGAGUUGAGACAUUGAAGGAGUUAAGUUAUGUGACUAGUAGAAGUCUGAAAGUUGGAAGUUCCACUGAGAUUGAUCCACCUGUAAAGCAAAGUGAUGCUCUGACAGAAGAACAGACUGAGCCAUUUUGUGCAGGCCACACUCCUGGUCAGGAUUCUGUAGAAUCACUGGCUGACCCUCUUUCUGUGAAAGAAUUAGCACCUGGAGGAUGCUUGAAAUUAAACACUAAAUUAGAUGUGUCAUCGCUAAUCAUUAGUAAAAUCAAAACACCUGUCACACCAAGUCUUGAAUCUCGUGAAAAAGAUCCUAAUCAGCUUCGUGUGAAGCCUGAACAACCUAAUAGUGGGAAUGUGAAAAAGGAUGGUAGUUCUAAAAAAUCACGAUGGGACAUUGUUGGUCAUGAUACUUCAGAAUCAAAAUCUGAGGAUCAAAGCGCUAAGAAAACUGUGAGUCCAGAGGUUACCUCUUUAAAAAAGUUCAUUUCAGAGAAGAAAAUUGAGUUCAGCAAUGAUACAAACCCUGAUGAAUCAUAUACACAGAAACAGGACUCUAAAGUACACUCCAAAAAAUCUGUAGAACACAAAAGAGACAUGACUUCUGUUGAAUUUAGUGGAAAAAUAAGUUCUCAGCCAUCUGACCUUGGAACCCAACAUAAUCAUGAUGAACAUACUGUCAAACUGCUUGUAAAUCAGGCUGUUGAAAUUCCUCAAUCAAAAAGUGUCCUUGUUGCUAGUGAUUGCCUUAAUUACAGUUCUGUUAAUGAGCAAAUCAGUGUAGACAAACCUAAGCCUAAAACUCUCAACCCUGAUCCCUUAAACCUUCAUGGUAAAUGCCGCAGCGAGGACGGUGAGAGUGAAGAUUCUGACUCUGAUUCAGAUGAUGGACAGGUCUCCUUAAAGCGGUUGCACUCUGUGGUUGUUGUGCCAAAAAAUUCAACCAUUGCUAUUGAGACUGACAUUACUGAACCGUCUCCCGGGGUCUCAGUAUUCCUUGGCCAACAAGAGUCAAUUGUUCAAAUGGUUGGUACAGAUGAGGGCAUCAAGAGGGAAUUUGCUUACAGUUUUAACUCUCAGUCAAAGCUUGAGGAGUCAUCUGCUGCACUCUUCAAGGUCGGUGAACAAACUUCCAUGCAAAGUGAAGAUGUUAAAUGUCAAUCUACUUGCUCUGCCAAUGUGUCCUACCAAUCGCAGAGCAACAUGGUUGACAGUACCAGCCAUUCAGAAGCCACAUAUCCUCAUGUGGGCAAGAACUGGAGUGCCCAAGAAAGACCAAAUGUCUGUGCCCAGUUGAGCCAAGCCUCUGUUCAGAAUUUAGAGAAGCCAUGCAGGAAACCUGAAUUGGCUCACCAUCAGUACCUUGAUGGAAUAGAUAGUUGGAACAGAAGGAAAGGAGGUAAGCAGCUGUAUGGGGAUUCUGAUGACUUCAAUGUUGGGAAGGGUUUUAACUUGGUCUGGGACUUUAACCAGUCAGAACAGCCCAGCACUACAUUUCAGCAACCGGACAGCAGUCAUGGCACUGAUUGCCUGCCACAGCCAGGAAUUAUUUCUGAUGAGAGCAUUCACAGACAAGGUCCAUGGGCUCAGCCUAUGAUCUCUAAAGUCAGCAGACCAUUCAACACAUAUGUGCCUUUUCAGUAUCAUGAUUCAGUAAACCAGAUCCACCCAGACUCGUUGACCAAUGACCAUGAUGAGGACAGUCAAGGAAGGUUAAUGGGUAUGAAACGAGAAUCUGUCCCUCCAGGGUCAUUCCCAUUUGUUCAAGCCCAUGAGAUUAGUAGCAACUGCUUCUUUACCACAGAGAGUCAAAACAUAUUUGAAGCUCCUAGAGAAGACCAUCAAAAGCCUCAUAGAGGAAGGGGCCCUCCCAAGAAGAGACGUCAAGAUUUUGAAUCAGAAUCGGAUAAUGAGGCAGAGGUUGGUCUUUCCAGUAAAAGGGAGUGUUUAGAUGAGACCUCAAGGGGUGCAAAAGACAGUAAGGAACCCAUUGAGCAAACUCGAGAGGCAUGCCGGCCACUGCUCAGUCUAAAAGACUUCCUGGACCCAUAUGUGUGGAGGGAAAAGGCAAAGCAGAAAAAAAUGCCACCCUAUUUUGACCUCAUUGAAGAGAAUUUGUAUCUGACAGAACGCAAGAAGAAUAAAUCUCAUCGAGACAUCAAACGCAUGCAGUGCGAAUGUGCUAUUCUUUCGAGAGAAGAGCGAGCCCGAGGGAUAAUGGCAUGUGGAGAGGACUGCCUCAAUCGCCUGCUGAUGAUUGAAUGCUCUUCCCGAUGUUUAAAUGGAGCAUACUGCUGCAACCGACGCUUCCAAAUGAAACAACAUGCAGACUUUGAGGUAAUUUUGACAGAGAGCAAAGGCUGGGGCUUACGAGCAGCCAAAGACCUACAGCCGAACACCUUUGUUUUAGAAUACUGUGGAGAAGUUUUGGAUCACCGGGAAUUUAAGGCACGGGUGAAGGAGUAUGCUCGAAACAAGAACAUUCACUAUUAUUUCAUGGCUUUGAAGAAUAAUGAGAUCAUUGAUGCCACACUGAAAGGAAACUGUUCACGUUUCAUGAAUCACAGCUGUGAACCCAACUGUGAGACUCAGAAAUGGACUGUGAAUGGCCAGCUCAGAGUUGGCUUUUUCACCACCAAAGCUGUGCCAGCUGGGACAGAGCUUACUUUUGAUUAUCAGUUCCAGAGAUAUGGGAAAGAGGCCCAGAAAUGUUUCUGUGGGGCUCCUAGCUGUCGCGGGUUAAUUGGUGGCGAGACUCGGGUCAGUGUGCGAGCUGCAGGUGGGAAGAAACAGAAGGAACGUUCACGGAAAAAAGACACUGACAGUGGCCUUACCACGUUGGAUGAGGAGCUGGAGGCUCUGCAGGAGAACGGAGAAGGCUUAUUUGGAGAGAAAGAUGUUAUAUCACUCUGCAGGCUCAUGGUGCGAGUGGAGACGAUGGAGCAACGACUCACCUGCCUUAAACUCAUCAAGAAUACCCAGAAUCCCUUGUGCUUGAAGCAGUUUUUGGAUCACCAUGGCCUCUCACUGCUGUGGAUAUUUAUGGUUGAACUUUCUGAGGCUAAGAGCAACUCUGUAAACCACAUUAAACUGCAGCUAGAGAUAAUGAAUGCACUGGCUGUCCUGCCCAUCUCUACGAAAAAUAUGCUGGAGGAGAGCCGUGUGCUGCAGUUUAUCCAGCGCUGGGCUCAGAGCCGGCCACUAAGCCAACCUGCAGAACAGGAUGGCUACUCCAGUGAGAGCACCUCACGUGCCCAAACUCCCCUCAACACCCCUGAUGUUCCAUCAGCUAAGCUGGCCGCUGAGAUGGACAAAGACACUCCCAAGCGGGCAGUCUACCGUAGAUUGAAGAUAAUCAGUGAGAACAGUCUGGACAGUGCCCUCUCUGAUGCCAGUAAGGCUUCAGAUGGGAAAGAGGAAGAGGAUGAAGAAGAGGAAGAGAUGGAGGAUGAGUCUUCACAGUUAGAACCCACAAUUGAUAGGUCAGUGAAGAUGGAAAGCAUUAAAGCACAUGCUGAGAGUCAAACUGAGGUUGAGCCCAUGUUAAAGGAGGAAACCCCUGAGGCUGUUGAACUCACUCUUUCAAGGCCCGAAACAAUGGUUGGUGAGGAAAAGGCACUCAAAGCACAAGAACCUGAAGAGCAACAGCUCUGUAAGUGUGAGGAACAACCUCCCUCUCAGGGUAAUGAAAAACUGGUGGAAGAGACCAAGAGUGAGAAGCUGGUGGAAAAGCUCAAGAGUCAGGAAAUGGUGGGAGAGCCCGAGAGCGAGGAGCUGGUGGGAGAGCCCGAGAGCCAGGAGCUGGUGGGAGAGCCCGAGAGCCAGGAGCUGGUGGGAGAGCCCGAGAGCGAGGAGCUGGUGGGAGAGCCCGAGAGCCAGGAGCUGGUGGGAGAGCCCGAGAGCCAGGAGCUGGUGGGAGAGCCCGAGAGCCAGGAGCUGGUGGGAGAGCCCGAGAGCCAGGAGCUGGUGGGAGAGCCCGAGAGCGAGGAGCUGGUGGGAGAGCCCGAGAGCGAGGAGCUGGUGGGAGAGCCCGAGAGCGAGGAGCUGGUGGGAGAGCCCGAGAGCCAGGAGCUGGUGGGAGAGCCCGAGAGCCAGGAGCUGGUGGGAGAGCCGGAGAGUGAGAAGCUGUCUAUGAAAUCAGAGUUCCAGACAGUGACAGUGGAAGAACACUCUGAGGUCACGGAUAUUAAAAUAAUGGAGGACAUUAGUAAUGCAGAUGUAGUUACUGAGGUCCAGGUGGAGAAUGCAUCUUCUGAACAAUGCAGCUCAGCAAAGAACAUGAGUAGCACCAAUGCAGAGAUGACACCCACACAAUCAGAAGUUAUAACGGAGAGCAUAUCCUCUGAAGCCACAGCUGUUGCCAUAGAGAGCACAUCCACAGAAUCUCCAGCUGUCUCUGUGGAGACCACUCCAUCUGGUUCUGCUGCUGUUUCUAUAGAAAAUACAUCACAGACUGGUGUAGCUGCUGGUUCUGCUGACCCUUUAGCCAUGGGAACUUUGGCUGUUCCAACAGAGGGCACUGCAGUGGGGACGCCCUCACAAGAUGAGGAGGAGGCCGUUUCUGAUGUAGAGAGUGAGCGGAGUCAGGAGCCACCAAUCCGGGCUUCUGAUAUCAGUGACAUGGCUGCCCGUCUGUUGGACAGCUGGAAAGACUUGAAGGAGGUUUACAGGAUACCAAAGAAGAGCCAGGUUGAAAAAGAGUCAAAUGAUCGCAGUCGAGAUCGGGAAGCAGUGAUGACCCAUCGGACACCUUCAAGCAGUCGAGAGAGAGAACGAGAAAGAGAGAGGGAGCGUGAUCGAGAACGGGACCGGGAUAGGGACUGGGAGCGUGAGCAGGAUUGGGACCGUGAGUGGGAUGGAGAGAGAUCAACCCUUCGUAGUGCAGAUAGGAAAAGACGACGAGGCUCUACCUCUCCUCUGCCGCCUUUAGCAUAUGAGAGGAGCAACCGCAGAAAUGAAGACCGUUAUGAACAGGCCAACAGCAGCAAGAAGAAACUACACACCAAAGAGCCUCGUAACAAGCUUUCCACAGAGGAGCGACGAAAGCUCUUUGAGCAGGAAGUGGCUCAGCGUGAGGCCCAGAAACAACAACAGCAGCAGCAACAACUGCAGACACUUGCAUUCAACCCUCUGGUCUACACUUCCAGUCCAAGCUUUAUGACUUACCCACCUGGAUACCCUAUCCAGACGUACGUGGAUCCCACCAAUCCAAACGCGGGCAAAGUGCUCCUGCCCACACCUGCUGUAGAGCCUCUCUGUGUCACCUCAGUUGCUGGUGGUGCUGCUGUUACCUUUGAACAAACGCCUACUCAGCCUAUCAUAUCAGAUCUAGGUCUAGCCUCACCAUCCUCCACCACCCAGGCCGGACCUACCUCCAGUUUGGCACACAUCCCUGCUGCUCUGGAGCUUUCAUCAGGCACACAGACACAGCAGUUUGUCCAGCCUGCUGUGCCUGCACAGGACAUGAGCGUAGCCAUCCUGUCCAUGCCUGCGCAAACAGCCAGUCCACAGGUCCAGAGUCAGCAGGGCUACACCACGCUCUGGGACCCCAACACACAGCAGGCUGUCACGGUGCAGACGCAGCCUACCCAGCAGUAUUCCACCAUCGCACAGCCUCAGACUGCCAUCUAUUACCAGGGCCAGCCCUGCCAGACCAUCUAUAGUAUUCCUGCAGGCUACCCACAGACCAACACACCUGUCAUUCAGACAUACACUGAGCCAGCCGCCAGCUACUUGCAUGGCCAGCCGGUGUACACGGCUCAUCAGCAGGGUGUGGUUGUGCAGCAGGGAGGCACUGUCACCACAAUUGUCACAUCUCAAACAGUUCAACAGGAAAUGAUCGUACCCAACAGCAUCAUUGACCUGCCGCCCCCCUCUCCACCCAAACCGAAAACCAUUAUCCUACCUCCCAGCUGGAAGGUGGCGCGAGACCCAGAGGGCAGAAUCUAUUACUACCACAUCAUCACCAGGCAAACACAGUGGGAUCCUCCCAGCUGGGACGGGGAUGCAGAGGAGGCCAGUUUGGAACACGAGGCUGAGAUGGACCUAGGGACACCCACAUACGAUGAAAAUCCCUCAAAGUUCUCUACAAAGACGGCUGAGGCAGACACAUCCAGUGAGCUAGCCAAAAAAAGCAAAGAAGUCUUCCGCAAGGAGAUGUCACAGUUUAUUGUGCAAUGCCUUAAUCCAUACCGCAAACCAGAUUGCAAGCUGGGCCGAAUCAGUAACACAGAUGACUUCAAACAUCUUGCAAGGAAGCUGACUCACGGGGUGAUGAACAAGGAACUUAAGUCUUGCAAGAACCCUGAAGAUCUCGAAUGCAAUGAGAAUGUCAAACAUAAAACCAAGGAGUACAUAAAGAAGUACAUGCAAAAAUUUGGCUUUGUGUACCGGCCCAAGGAAGACACAGAGCUGGACUAACUAGGCUAAACCCAGGAACCUCCCGACAUUCUGAGCGGGUGGCCCGAACAGUUUUUGGCGCAUCUGACAGGAUGGCACCAGUGCAAGUCCUGAUGUUUGUUCCACUGACUUUCUAACCAUGUCCUAAAUGCUGCUCUGGGUGGAGGGGGUGGGGCGCAGCCUGAGCUGUCCUGCACGGGGAUGGUUUUAUGAUGAGAUAUGCCUCGCAGCCCACAAGCAAACAGGAAACGGCUGUGGUUAGAAAUAUGAAGGACACACCGAGGGUGCUAUACAGACUCUUUACCAGAUUUCAUGAUCUUUGUAGUCUCUUUAACAAAGUCUUCUCAAAAUGACCUUUAAGGCAAUGCACUCAGUCUCAUCACCUUGAUAAGGAGGAUCAUCUUCAACUCCAUUAUAGUUAAUAGUUGUGUGUGAGAUGACUCGUGAAGAAGGAAAAAAAGUAUGGACCAUUAAAAUCUUUUUCCCCUGCUACCCCACUCUGUUACUGUAGUUGUGUUACCAAGGGCUUUUGGAAGAUUUCCUGCUCUGCUAAAGGUCCAGAUCCUCACUCAUAUUGGUCGAGGAUGAUGGAGGGCCAUGAACUUCUGGUUUGGCAGUUAAGAAAGAUGCUAAGGAUGUCUCAGAUGUGAACCAAUAGUUGAGUCUUUAUUCUUCUUAUCCAACUACCCAGAUUACUGGUCAUCUUCUAUUUGGACUCACUGGCCAGGAGUCAUCGUGCUCAGCAUUGUUUUUAUGUUUUUUAGUCUAUCAUAUAGAAUUACAUGGAAGUGUGUGCAGGUCUGAAAUCUAACCCCGUUUUCUCAAAGUCUGUUUCUCCUCUUGACUUUGGAAAUGGUUAUGUAGCUAUGAUAUUUUAUUAAGGUCUUUCACACUGUUUUUACAUUAGCAUUUUUUAUUCAUGUCGCAAAGGCAAAUGUGAAGCCCUCCAGGCAAUUUGUAGCUUAUUUCUGUGGCCCCCAUGUAAGGAUUGAUCAGGUUUACUGUCCCAUAAGCUCUUGCCAUUAAUCAACUCACCCCACCUCAUUAACCUGCAUUAAAUCUGUUUCCAAAACAUGUAUUAUAUUGCUUUAUAUGUGAAUAUAUUGAGAGUUAGUUUUUGAGACCAUUAGCAGAGACUUUGUAAAAGAACUGUGGGGGACCACGAUUUCUUGUGUACAUAUGUGUAAUUAAACCAAGCUGGAAAAUGGGAUUAGAUGGACGUGAAUAGAUCAGAGUCCUCCUUCCCAUCAGCGUGGCUCCGGUGUUCCUACAGUAAGCAGGAUUCCACACACUCCCACUGCUCUGUAUGUUGGGUUUGGUUUUAAUGGUGGGGGUGUCAUUAUCUUUUGUCCUUUUGCUUUCUCUGUUGAAAGAUUGGGAUAUUUUCUUUAUGUACAAAUAGGAGUCUCACCCCACUCCACUGUAAGUACUGUGCAAGCACAUUGUCAUACUGAGUGUAAAAACAUUUUAAGAUAAAAACUGUUUUCUAAAAAUAAGUCUAGGUUGUCUUGUUACCUUAUGUGGUAAAAAUAGUGUCUAUACAUCAACGUUCAAUGUAAUGUG